CUUACUGACGGGCUAUACUGGGGAGAGGAUUGGAGCUGCCAUUUUGGCCAGUCAGACGAUGUCAACAUUGUCCUAUUACUUGUCGUUUCAAACAUUUUCUGACACACCCAAGUAUGCUAUUGUAACAAGCUAGAGCCACAUGAACAAAGCGAGAGAUAGUCUCGGCACAAUGUCGAGCAUAAAACAGGUGAUCAACGAUGCGGUGGAGAAAGGUAAGGAGGUAUAUGAAAAAGUACGUCAGCCUAACCCUAUAAGGCUGCGGGACCUAAUACGACAGAUCCGGUCAGCCAAAACUGCAGCAGAGGAGCGAGCAGUGGUAAACAGAGAGUGUGCAUACAUUCGGCUUACUUUCAGGGAAGAGGAUUCUGUGUGGAGAUGUCGCAAUGUUGCCAAACUUCUGUAUAUACACAUGCUGGGGUACCCAGCUCACUUUGGCCAGAUGGAGUGCCUCAAGCUGAUAGCCUCACCACGGUUCACAGACAAGCGUAUCGGUUACCUAGGGGCCAUGCUGUUGCUGGAUGAAAGGCAGGAUGUCCAUCUUCUCAUUACCAAUUCCUUGAAGAAUGACCUGAAUUCUUCAACUCAGUUUGUACAAGGGCUGGCACUCUGCACCCUUGGGGCCAUAGCUUCUCCAGAGAUGUCUCGGGAUCUGGCAGGAGAGGUGGAGAGGCUUCUAAAGUCCUCCAAUGCUUACAUAAGGAAAAAGGCUGCUGUAUGUGCCUUGAGAAUUAUAUUGAAGGUGCCAGAGCUGAUGGAAAUGUUCCUUCCAGCCACACGCUCACUCCUGUCUGAAAAGAAUCAUGGUGUGCUCAUAACAGGGGUCACGCUGAUCACAGAGAUGUGCCUCCAGUCUCCUGAUAUGCUAGCUCACUUCAAAAAGAUUGUACCCAACUUGGUGCGCAUCCUCAAGAACCUCAUCAUGGCCGGCUACUCUCCUGAGCAUGAUGUGCAGGGUGUGUCUGAUCCAUUCCUGCAGGUGAAGAUCUUGAAAUUACUGAGGAUUCUUGGAUGUGGUGACAGUGAUGCUUCAGAGACCAUGAAUGACAUCUUGGCUCAAGUAGCAACUAAUACAGAAUCCUCUAAAAAUGUGGGCAAUGCCAUCCUGUAUGAGACAGUCCUCUCCAUCAUGGACAUCAAGAGUGAAAGUGGACUCAGGGUUCUAGCUAUCAACAUCCUUGGUCGGUUCUUGCUUAAUGCAGACAAGAAUAUUCGUUAUGUAGCACUCAACACUCUGCUGAGAGUUGUCCAUGCUGACAACUCUGCCGUCCAGCGUCACCGCUCCACCAUCCUUGAAUGUCUAAAGGAUGCAGAUAUCUCCAUCAGGAAACGUGCUAUGGAACUAUGUUUUGCACUUAUCAAUGGCAAUAAUAUUCGCACCAUGAUGAAAGAACUGCUCACCUUCCUUGAGAAUGCCGAGCCAGAGUUUAAAGCCACUUGUUCUUCAAAGUGUGUUCUUGCAGCAGAGAAGUAUUCACCCAAUGUUAGGUGGCACAUUGACACCCUUCUGAAGGUGGUGGAAGCGGCUGGGAACCAUGUGCCAGACGAUGUGGUAUCCUCCACCAUACAGCUUAUCUCUGAGACUCGAGCUGAGCAGGCAUAUGCUGUAGGGGAGUUGUGGCGACAUCUUUCUGUGGCACAACUUGAGUUCCAGCCGAUGAUUCAGGUGUCCACAUGGUGUAUAGGGGAAUUUGGUGACCUGUUACUAAAUGGUCAAGCUGAUGUUACUGUAGAAGAAACUCAAAUCAUAGAAAUUUAUCAAAAAAUUUUAUGGGCCUCACAAUGUUCUAUAACAACUAAAGAAUAUGCUCUGACUUCCCUCAUGAAGCUUUCUGCACGUCUCAAUCAAGAAGUGGGGUCAAUACAACAAGUUGUUAGUGCAUUUGGAUCUCAUCUUAAUAUAGAGCUACAACAAAGAGGAAUAGAAUAUAGUCAACUAUUCACAAGACACAACCACAUGAGGGGUCCCUUGCUGGAACGAAUGCCACCCUUUGAAGGAGUGCGGGGAAAUGGAACAGAAGGAGAAAAGGGAGGGAUAGCCAUUACCAAUGGCCUUGACAACUCUCCUGAUAACCAAAGUCUCCUCAAUGACCUUUCCUCUCCAAACAACAACAAUAACAUCAACAGUACUCAUGAAAAUAAUGAAUCGAAUGCACUAUUGCUGUUGCUGGGUGGCAUUGAACCUGGGGAAGGAGAUACAGUGCAGGCAGUCACCUCUCCUGCUACCUCCACCAUUAAUGCCACUCCAGCCCCUCGCUCCACAGUUAAUGCAGAUAUAUUAGACCUCUUGGGCCUGGAACCUGGUCCAACUGCCCCCUCCAACACUACCACCAGUACCAGCCCAGCCCAACUCUCCCAUACCAAUAACAGCAGUAGCCCAGCCCUCCUGCUUGAUGGUCUGCUGAACAACACAUCAUCCACUACUACAACUACCACCGCUGGGAUUGCCUCCCUUAGUACCCCAACUGCAAACUCUACAACUCUACCCACCAAUAAUUUCAUAAUUCCUCAGAGUCUAUCACAACCCAGUGUGCCUGGUAUUGUUGCUUAUGACAAGAAUGGCAUGAAAUUGGACAUGACAUUUGAGAUUCAAGACAGUGUGACAACCAUCAACAUGUUAGCCACCAAUACUUCUCUGGCCCAAGUGACAGACUUCCUCUUUCAGGCUGCUGUUCCCAAGUCACUCCAGCUACAGAUGAUGACUCCAAGCAGUACCAGCAUGGCUCCUUCUGCUACACUGACCCAGGUUAUUAAAGUCAACAACCCAAGUAAGGUACCACUGAGGAUGAGAAUGCGGUUAUCAUGGCAAGCAAAUGGUUCGGUAGUACAGGACCAGGGAGAAAUAAGUCACUUCCCUCCAGCUCUGUGGCAGUGACACCACCUGUGGCCUCUAUGUCUAGCAACCACAACCCUCAUCUCCUGCUCCUCCUUCAUCCCCAGUCUACCAUACCUGACACCUAGCCCUCUCUUCAUGCUAAGGACUUGCCAUCCUCACAAUAUUCAGAACAUUCUUUCAUCAAUCCUUCCACAACUUCUAUUUUAUAUAAAUUAACCUUCACUAGAGGAUUUCAAAAUCUUGUGUAUUAAGUGAUGAAUGAUAUAUAUUUUAUAAAUCUAUUCCUUAACAUAGUCAAUAAAAUAUUUAUUUGUUUGUGGGCAGUUCUUCUGAGUCUCAUUGCUUUUUCCACCACUAGCCAGCAGCCUACCACCCUGAAGGUUCUCAUCUCCUGGUUGCCAAAAUUAUUUUUGUGUAUUUUUCAUUAAUUAUCUUAUUUUGUUAUUACUAUUUAUUUAUUUUAUUUAUUUUUUUAUUAUUAUUUAUUGUUAUUUUUUCCCUCUGGAGCAGGAUAGUCAGUCACAUAUUAAUACUUUCAUAUUGAAUAACAUGGGGUUAAAGUGUCAUCAUUACAUCUAAUGUUUCAUCUUGAUCUCCCUCUCCCUUGUCCUUUACUACACAGUUCAUCAAACUUGUAACACACUGCAUUUUAGGUUGGAUGGCAGAGAUGCUGAUGUGAAAACUCUUAUUGUAAGACUUUUUUAAGUUACUUAUUAGACUAACUGAGUUUUGGAUCAGCAGUAUUUUUGAUUCACUGAAGUUGCUUGAAUUUCUUAAAAGUUGAUAUUUCUUCCAUGAACACUUUUCGUACCACAUUAACCUAGAACUGUUAUGUGAGCAGCACUUUGUAUUUUCUUGACAUCUUUUCCCUCUAUGUAUAUUAUUUUUAUUUAGAAUAUUUGUACAAGUGACAUGACACAAAGUUUGUCCUGGCCACUGACAAGAGUGAAUAUUAUUUUCCAGUACUUUUUGUUCUUAUCUUAUUGACAGCAUAAUAUUUAUUGACACCAAGUCUUCAGUUUUUGUUGUUAAUUACAAAUGAAAAAAUUUGUUCCAAAAUGGAUAGUACAGUGCCAGGAAGGUGAACCAAGCACAAGAUGGUUAUAUGUACUUAUGUCAUAAACCACCCAUUGGUCAUUUGCUAAUUUGUACCAUAUUGUGGUGGAUCAAAAUUAAUAAAUAGAUGACUGGAAC